AUGAGCAAAGUAUAUUGCACUAAUCUAAUUACUGUCACAAAAAGAUUGGCAAUUGGCCUAUGGAGGCUGUUGGAAUCUUCACUCAUUUCACUCUCACGUUAUGAUGGGGCAGGAUCCCGCGAACAUCCUAUCUAUCCUGAUCCAGCUAGAUUGUCACCUGCUGCUUAUUAUGCCCAGAGAAUGAUCCAGUAUCUUUCACGCAGAGAUAGCAUUCGCCAGCGCUCCAUGCGGUAUCAGCAAAAUCGCCUCCGCUCUUCCUCAUCUUCUGCUUCCACUUCUGAGAAUGCAGGUCCAUCUGUAGAAGGAAAUGACCUGGAAUUUGAAGACUUUGAGGACAAUGGAGACAGGUCAAGACACCGAGCUCCUCGGAAUGCCCGUAUGUCUGCACCAUCCCUUGGACGCUUUGUCCCAAGACGCUUCUUGUUGCCUGAGUAUUUGCCUUACGCUGGGAUUUUCCAUGAACGUGGACAGCCUGGGUUGGCCACUCACUCCUCUGUCAAUAGAGUUUUGGCAGGGGCUGUAAUUGGAGAUGGACAGUCUGCUGUGGCCAGCAAUAUUGCGAACACCACAUAUCGGCUUCAGUGGUGGGAUUUCACUAAAUUUGAUUUACCAGAAAUAAGCAAUGCAUCUGUGAAUGUGCUUGUUCAAAACUGCAAGAUAUACAAUGAUGCCAGCUGUGAUAUUUCUGCAGAUGGGCAGCUUUUAGCAGCUUUCAUUCCUAGCAGUCAGCGGGGAUUUCCUGAUGAGGGGAUACUCGCAGUCUAUUCCCUUGCGCCGCACAACUUGGGUGAAAUGCUGUACACAAAGCGAUUUGGUCCCAAUGCCAUUUCUGUGAGCUUGUCGCCAAUGGGCAGGUAUGUCAUGGUAGGAUUGGCAUCUCGUCGCAUCUUGUUGCACCCAUCUACAGAACAUAUGGUGGCUCAGGUUUUCAGGCUUCAGCAACCCCAUGGAGGAGAAACUUCAAUGAGGAGAGUGUUCAAUGUCUUGUACCCAAUGCCUGCCGAUCAAAGAAGACACGUCAGCAUAAAUUCUGCUCGCUGGUUACCUGAGCCAGGUUUAGGAUUAGCUUAUGGCACUAAUAAAGGGGAUCUGGUGAUUUGCCGACCAGAGGCAUUAAACUCUGGUGUAGAAUACUACUGGGACCAGCUGAAUGAAACUGUCUUCACUGUGCAUUCCAGCAGCAGAAGUACUGAACGCCCGGGAACCAGCAGAGCAGCCACCUGGAGGACAGAUCGGGAUUUGGGCUUAAUGAAUGCCAUUGGCCUGCAGCCGCGGAACCCAACCACCUCUGUGACUUCGCAGGGCACACAGACUCUGGCCCCUCAGCUACAGAAUGCAGAAACGCAAACUGAGAGAGAAGUUCAGGAACCAGGAAGUCUUAGUUCAGGGGUUAACGAAGGUGGUUCAGAUUAUGGAGCAACUGGAGAGGAUGCCCUGAUUAGGAUCCAAAGGCUAAUGGCUGAAGGUGGCAUGACUGCUGUCGUCCAACGAGAGCAAAGCACUACCAUGGCAUCCAUGGGUGGUUUUGGCAACAACAUAAUUGUGAGUCACCGGAUCCACCGCAGCUCUCAGACUGGUACUGAAUCCACUGGGAUAGAAGGAGGCUCGACUCAACCAACUUCACAGGAGCUGAUAACGGAGCUAGAGGGACGGACCCUUUCUGAGUCCAUGCAGGUGACAGAACGUGGCCUGAGCCCAUCGUCUAAUGAGGUUGAGGGAGAAGCCAGUGGGCAAAGCCUAUCAGAGCAGGCUCACUCCUCAAUGGACACUGAGGGACCAGUCGAGUAUAGUGAUCUAACCAAUAAUAAUCAUCUUCCUGACAGUACCAAUUUCUAUAGUAAUGAGAGCACCAAUGGAGAGUCUCGGAACAGGUAGAGAUGAAUUGGUGCUAUCCUUGUACUGCUAAGCAAAGACUCGUACCUU